GGAGCGCACGGUCCUACCCUGCCACGCCGGGGGCACCCCAGGGGCGCUCCGGGACCCGGGAAUCACGGCACCCAUGACUGCGACAGUGCUCGUGACCUCCACCGCGAAGUCACCUCCACGCGCGACGCGAAGACCUCAGUGAGCCGCGGCGCCUGGCACCCGCCGGUAUCCAGCCUGAUGUGACUCUCCUCAGCGGCUUGCUCUCUUUUUGGUUUACUAGGACUCGAAGCCGCGGAGGCGGCCACAAAGUUGAGGCGCUCGCCAUAGUGGGCAAGUUCUGGCGAUCCGAGCUGAGCAGGGGUUAGGUUGGCGGCCGCCACCAGGCUAGCUCCAGAGCAGGAGCACUGGCCCACAGCACUUACCCCCUCCAGCGGCGGAAAUAUGAAGUCAGGGGGAAGCGGUGUCAGGGGCUGACUAGCCCUAAAGCGCCCGGCGCUGCUGCCGGGAAAUGGGAAGCAAAGUGCUUGGGGGACUAAGUCCGGCCUCAGAGAUGCUUAGAAAGCGGCUGCCAAGGCCGAGGCUCUUCGCGCACGCGGCGGAGUUGGAGGUGUCCGUUGUUCAAGCGCUGCCGUCGCCACCUAGGCGAGGUGCUGGGGGCGCAGCCCGCACGUAGCUGGCUUGGACUCCUCGCGGCCCCGCGGAGCCACCUGGGUUGCUCGGCUCUGGCCACACCGGCACGAGGAGUGCCCGCGAUCCCCGUGCCGCUUCACAGCUGUUCUGUCUCUCCGUCUUUUGGCUCCGCAAGUGCCCACGUCAGUCCGGAGAGGCGCUCGGGCCGCUCGAACUGCUCGCCGCACCUGGUCGUCCCUCCCCUGAUUCCCCCCGUGAGGCGCCCUCCCCCGCCACCUCUCUCCCCUCCCCCAAACCACAGCCCGAGCUCGCUCCUGCGCGCGCGCUCUCCCGGGCCCAAGUGAAUAGUCCUCGCGCGAGCGGGACACGGUGGUGGAUGCAAUUCCGCUCGCUUACAGCCGCCAGGAGCUCCCUGGCGCCGCAGGCAGCGUCCUCCUCCGAAGCAGCUGCGCCUGCACCUGGGCAGCCUGGACCUUCGUGCCCUGCCCCCGGGGCCUCGCGCGGGGGGCGCCCCGGGACACCUCCUGCGGGCCGGGUGGAGGAGGAAGAGGAGGAGGAAGAAGACGUGGACCCGGACCCCUACCCUACGCAAAACACCUGGCCUCGCUGCUGUCACUUCUCUUUAAGUGGGAGAAGAAGAGAGCUGGGGAGAGUCAUGGGGGGCUGUGAAGUCCGGGAAUUUCUUUUGCAAUUUGGGUUCUUCUUGCCGCUGCUGACAGCUUGGCCAGGCGACUGCAGUCACGUCUCCAACAACCAAGUUGUGUUACUUGAUACAACAACUGUGCUGGGAGAGCUAGGAUGGAAAACAUAUCCAUUAAAUGGGUGGGAUGCUAUCACUGAAAUGGAUGAACACAAUAGGCCCAUUCAUACGUACCAGGUGUGCAAUGUAAUGGAACCAAACCAAAACAACUGGCUUCGUACAAACUGGAUCUCCCGUGAUGCAGCUCAGAAAAUUUAUGUGGAAAUGAAGUUUACAUUGAGGGAUUGUAACAGCAUCCCAUGGGUUUUGGGGACUUGCAAAGAAACAUUUAAUCUGUAUUAUGUGGAAUCAGAUGAGUCCCAUGGAAUUAAAUUCAAGCCAAGCCAGUAUACAAAGAUUGACACAAUUGCUGCUGAUGAAAGUUUUACCCAGAUGGAUUUGGGUGAUCGUAUCCUGAAACUAAACACAGAAAUUCGUGAGGUGGGGCCUAUAGAAAGGAAAGGAUUCUAUCUGGCUUUUCAAGACAUUGGGGCAUGCAUUGCCCUGGUCUCAGUCCGUGUAUUCUACAAAAAGUGCCCCUUCACUGUUCGAAACUUGGCUAUGUUUCCUGACACCAUCCCAAGGGUCGAUUCUUCUUCUUUGGUUGAAGUAAGGGGCUCUUGUGUGAAGAGUGCAGAAGAGCGUGAUACUCCUAAACUAUAUUGUGGAGCUGAUGGAGAUUGGCUGGUUCCCCUUGGAAGGUGUAUCUGCAGUACAGGAUAUGAAGAAAUCGAAGGUUCUUGUCACGCUUGCAGACCAGGAUUCUAUAAAGCAUUUGCUGGGAACACAAAAUGUUCUAAAUGCCCUCCCCACAGUUUAACCUAUAAGGAAGCAACUUCUGUCUGUCAGUGUGAAAAGGGUUACUUCCGAGCUGAAAAAGACCCACCUUCCAUGGCAUGUACCAGGCCGCCUUCAGCUCCUAGGAAUGUGGCUUUUAACAUCAAUGAAACGGCCCUUAUUUUGGAAUGGAGUCCACCAAGUGACACAGGAGGGAGGAAAGAUCUCACAUACAGUGUAAUCUGUAAGAAAUGUGGCUUAGACACCAGCCAGUGUGAGGACUGUGGUGGAGGACUCCGCUUCAUCCCAAGACAUUCUGGCUUGAUCAACAAUUCUGUGAUAGUACUUGACUUUGUGUCUCACGUGAAUUACACCUUUGAAAUAGAAGCCAUGAAUGGAGUUUCUGAGUUGAGCUUUUCUCCCAAGCCAUUCACAGCUAUAACAGUGACUACAGAUCAAGAUGCACCUUCCCUGAUAGGUGUGGUAAGGAAGGACUGGGCAUCCCAAAAUAGCAUUGCCCUAUCAUGGCAAGCACCUGCUUUUUCCAAUGGAGCCAUUCUGGACUACGAGAUCAAGUACUAUGAGAAAGUCUACCCACGGAUAGCGCCGGCAUUUUGGCACUACCUGCGGGUAGAAGAGCAUGAGCAGCUUACCUAUUCCUCCACGAGGUCCAAGGCACCCAGUGUCAUCAUCACAGGUCUCAAGCCAGCCACCAAGUACAUAUUUCAUAUCCGAGUGAGGACUGCAACAGGAUACAGUGGCUACAGUCAGAAGUUUGAAUUUGAAACAGGAGAUGAGACUUCUGACAUGGCGGCCGAACAGGGACAGAUUCUCGUGAUAGCCACUGCGGCUGUUGGGGGAUUUACUCUCCUCGUCAUUCUUACUUUGUUCUUCUUAAUCACUGGGAGGUGCCAGUGGUACAUAAAGGCCAAAAUGAAGUCAGAAGAGAAGAGAAGAAACCACUUACAGCAGAAUGGGCAUUUGCGUUUCCCAGGAAUUAAAACUUACAUAGAUCCAGAUACAUAUGAAGACCCAUCCCUAGCAGUUCAUGAAUUUGCAAAGGAGAUUGAUCCCUCAAGAAUUCGCAUUGAGAGAGUCAUUGGGGCAGGAGAAUUUGGAGAAGUCUGUAGUGGACGUUUGAAGACACCAGGAAAAAGAGAGAUCCCCGUUGCCAUUAAAACUUUGAAAGGUGGCCACAUGGAUCGACAAAGAAGAGACUUUCUUAGAGAAGCUAGUAUCAUGGGUCAGUUUGACCACCCAAAUAUCAUUCGACUAGAAGGUGUUGUGACAAAAAGGUCCUUCCCGGCCAUUGGGGUGGAGGCGUUUUGCCCCAGCUUCCUGAGGGCAGGGUUUUUAAAUAGCAUCCAGGCCCCGCAUCCAGUGCCAGGGGGAGGAUCUCUGCCCCCCAGGAUUCCUGCUGGCAGACCAGUAAUGAUUGUGGUGGAAUAUAUGGAGAAUGGAUCCCUAGACUCCUUUUUGCGGAAACAUGAUGGCCAUUUCACAGUCAUCCAGUUGGUUGGUAUGCUCCGAGGCAUUGCAUCAGGAAUGAAGUAUCUUUCUGAUAUGGGUUACGUUCAUCGUGAUCUAGCAGCUAGGAAUAUAUUGGUCAACAGCAACUUAGUAUGCAAAGUUUCUGAUUUUGGUCUUUCCCGGGUGCUGGAAGAUGAUCCCGAAGCUGCAUAUACAACAACUGGUGGGAAAAUUCCCAUAAGGUGGACGGCCCCAGAAGCUAUUGCCUACAGAAAAUUCUCCUCAGCAAGUGACGCGUGGAGCUAUGGCAUUGUCAUGUGGGAGGUCAUGUCCUAUGGAGAGAGACCUUAUUGGGAAAUGUCUAACCAAGACGUCAUUCUGUCCAUUGAAGAAGGUUAUAGACUUCCGGCUCCCAUGGGCUGUCCAGCGUCUCUACACCAGCUGAUGCUCCAUUGUUGGCAGAAGGAGAGAAAUCACAGACCGAAAUUUACUGACAUUGUCAGCUUCCUGGACAAACUGAUCCGCAAUCCCAGUGCCCUUCACACCCUGGUGGAGGAUAUCCUUGUGGUUAACGGACCCCACAGCCAGUGCCCAUCAACAGAGCUCUCUAACUGUUCUAUGGCAGUAGAAGCAGGCAGAAUGCCAGAAUCCCCUGGUGAAGUUCCGGAAUAUCCUUUGUUUGUCACAGUUGGUGAAUGGCUGGAUUCUAUAAAGAUGGGGCAAUAUAAAAAUAACUUCAUGGCAGCAGGGUUUACGACUUUUGACCUAAUUUCAAGAAUGAACAUUGAUGAUAUUAGAAGAAUUGGAGUCCUACUCAUUGGACACCAGAGACGGAUAGUCAGCAGUAUACAGACCUUACGUUUACAAAUGAUGCAUAUACAGGAGAAAGGAUUUCAUGUAUGAAAGUACUACAAGCACUUGUGUUUUGUGCCUCAGCAUUUCUAAAAUGAAAGAUACCCUCUCUACUACCCUCUCUUCUGAUUCUCCAAACAUCACUUCAUAAACUGCAGUCUCCUGUUCAGACUUCGGGCACGCACCUUUUGUUUAUGCUUCCAACCUGGAUUUUAAAAUUAUGCCUCAUAGCUCCUCUCUAAAUAAUCUGCAAAUAAAACCCUGGCCCACCUCAGAUUAUCACUACACAAUGGUAAAUUACUCAGCAUGGAUGUGUAACUUUGUACAACAGUAUUUGGAAAGUGUUCACUAACUUAACCCAAAGGAAUUUGCCCAGGUGUGGCUUCCUUAAUGAUGUAUUUAGAGUUUGAUGGUAGAUGAAAAAGAAAUAGUUGACAUUUCUUUCAUGUUUUGUGAUCAAGUAGCUUCCAAACUGACAUGAAUAUUUUUAGAUAAUUAUAUUCAACUCAAUGGAUCAUAUUGUUAUUUGUUUUAUUUGUAUGUGUAUUUAUUUGUAUUAUAUUUAUUUAACUAUUGAUGCCUGAUGUUGUUAGAAUUAUUUGCAGAAAUAACCAGUGAUGUCAUUUGGUGAAUUCUUGUCAGGUGUGACUGCACUAAGGAGGAGGUUAUCAGGGAGGGAGAGGGAGAAACAUACUGUGCUUUUCAAUCUUCUAAGGCUGGGUUUGUUUAUUUUUUUUUAAUUGACUUUAUAGUGUCCUACAUAUUUAGUAGUAAGUGGUAGUUUAGAGGCUUUUCCCUUCUAAGUUUUGCUAACUAUAGUAUAUUUCUCUCCAACCUUAUGAAGAUCACCCCCAAAAGGGUAAGAGUGAGACCAGUUUUUGAAAGGAUUUCAUAGAGUGAAGCAUGAAAUAAAACCAUGUCUAUUCCCUUGGUUCACCUUCACAAGUUUGCAAAAGCAGUUAUCAAAGCACUGAGAAAAUUAGUUAUUUUCAGUAGAAUUGCUUUGAAUAAAAGAUCUAAGAUUAUCACCUUAGACUUAAUGUAAAAAAAGUAAUUAAUUUAGUUUAAACACAAUUUUAUGAUAGCUAUAUGGUGGCUCCCAAAAUAAACAUAUCUAGUGAAUGUCUGCUAUUGGUGCAUUUUGCAAGUUUAGGAAUUUUUGUAUUUUGUUCCUAAAGUAUAAGUUACAUGAAUAUGCUGAGCUGUUUUCCAAACCUUUCAAGAGACAAGUAGGCCACUGCAUGUUCCAAAGAGGAUAUGAACAGACCUAACACAUGAGCAUAUAUAAAUUGUGUGUCAACCUGGACCCAUAACACAAUAACAUAAAAAUGUGAACACAGCUAGGGUAUGUUGUCAUAAUUGUCUCAGAGGCUGCAAAAAAAAGGCAAAUGUAUUUUUCAGGGAACUAAGCUGAGUCAGUUUAUCAAAACAGUGCUGCUUUAUGAGUAAGUUCAAUUGUAAAAUCAGCUGUUGACUGUGAAAAUACAGAAUGGCUCCUGCGGUGAGUUUGGAAGAGUAGGCAAGAUGUGUUGAGAGAGAGCGAUUUUAAAAAUAGCAGGCUGUCUAAAGAUGCUUAUUUAAUAAAUCGGUUUUUCUUUGAUUUAAGAUGUAAAGGUGCCCAACCCACUUUCUCCAGUUCCCACCUAAAUCACAUUUUUUGGUAAUAGCAGCUGUCUUGCUAUUAAAGGAGACGCACUUUCUUUUAUUCUUUUAGGUUUGUUGAUUGUCCCAUUAGACUAGAGCCUUCCACACACAUUCUUUUGCUGAUUUAUCUCCUGACUUUUGUCUACCACAGCUUAAUUUUUUCUCAUUAAAAAAAAAAGUGUAUAGAACUAGAAGGAAGAGUCUUUAAAGUAUUCCUUAAAGUAUACUAAAAAAGAAAAAAAGUGAGAAAUGCAUCACUUUUUAAGUAAGUGUGUCCGAAAUAGCUAGCAACAUUUUCUAGCCACCAUGUGCAUGGUCAUGCAUCACUCAUACACUAUCGGCAGUUUGCUUGAUACAUUUACACAGAUCUGGUUACAUGUAGAGGAAAUAUAAAAUUUCCACAUUUACCUAUCUUCAAAUAUAUAUUAAAUAAGAACAAAUAUAAAACAGA